CUGCUUGCUCAGUAAUUGCCAACAACUGAAACAAGUAGGAAGCAUUUUAUUUAUUGUGUGUGUUGUUUUUUUUUUCUCUUUUAUUUUCGUGCAUAACUCGAACUCGACGGCCGCAGUCCGGGAUCAAAUCAACGAUCAGCUCCAUGGGUUGAUUGAUACUUCAUUAAUAAGUAUAUGUGAGAAAAGAUUUCGAAGCGAAGAGUGGGUUAUCGGCUAUAUUUUGAAUUGCAAAUGAUCCGUUCAACAAGUGUGGCUAAGAUGUUUGGCUAUACAUUAUUGAUUUUGAUUUCGUUAUCAAGUGAAUUCAUCGGUGCACAAAAUAUCUGGUUAACAACAACAACGAGAAACCCUUUCCGGGGUCAAGCUUCCAUUGAUGGGGAAAGUUAUAAUACGAAUCAGAAUACACCGAUUAUUGUACCGGCGAGAAAACCCGAUCGCAACAGAUAUGAUCCGGCUCAGUCAGCUGGUCUGCCUGUAAAUGAAUAUCAAAAUCCACCAAAAAACCAGCCAAUUGGACCAGCACAACCGGUUCAGUUUGAAGAUAGACGACAAAGUGGCCAGCAAAAACCACAGCAGAUUCCUCAGGGCAAUAGCAUUUCCAAGGUACCAAACGCCCCAUCGCCACCACCCUCACAGAAUCAAGGUCAACAAGAGUUCCGGUAUGAUGAUGCAUCUUUUGCCGUGACUGAACUUGCGCGCAGAAUCGGCGAAGUUUUAGGGCAACAAUCCAAUGCGGGUAUAUUUUCACCGGUUAGCAUUGCCUGUGCCUUGUCACUUCUACUUUUGGGAUCGAAUGGUGCUACCAAAGAAGAACUCAGCCAAGCGAUGGGAUUCAACGUUCAACGGCUCAAUGAAAUUCAUCGACAGUACGGUCACUUGCUGAAUAAUCUAGCCUCGACAAGUCCUGAUAAAUAUCCAAUAACUUGGCGUCGCAACGAUCGAUGUUCCGAGGACGACGAAGAAGAUGAAAUCGAAAAACAAGUCAUCAACCUAGCAAAUGCGAUUUUUGUACGCCAUGAUUUAAAUAUCAACCCGCGUUUUGUAGACCUCUCAAACAAUAUCUACAACAGUUCACUAGUUCCGCUUAACUUCGCGGAAAAUCCACAACAAGCAGCUGCUGAUAUCAAUCACUGGGCUAGUCAGAAGACAUUUGGCAAAAUAAAUCAAAUUGUUUCCGAAUAUCUAAAUCCCGAUACUCAAAUGAUUGUCGCAAAUGCACUCUACUUCAAGGGUCUUUGGAAAAAUACUUUCGAGGUACAAGCCACCUCAUUGAAAAAGUUUUUCCCUAACGGGUACGAUAGACCGGAAAGUGCCAAAGAAAUCCCCAGUAUGCUUGCCAUCGGAUGUUAUCCAUUCUACGAUGGCACGGACGACUUCAACGCCAAAAUUAUCGGCCUUCCAUACCAGGGCGAAAAGACUGCUCUCUACAUAAUUGUGCCAAACAACUCCAACCGGCAAGUGCUCCUCAACUUUCAACGAAAUCUAGACGCCGCCAAGAUCGGUACCAUGGUCAGCAGGAUGGCCGUUAAGAAAGCGCUAAUCCAGAUACCAAAAAUGAAAAUCUCAAAUACUCUUAAUCUGCGUGAUGUGCUGCAGCAAAUGAACGUUCGGAACAUCUUCAGUCCGGUUUCCAGCGAUCUGUCGCCCAUGUUGUCUUCGAGUAAAAAAGGCCCUAAACAACCUCAAAACCAACAGCAGCGGCUCUUCGCCAGCGAGAUUGUUCACAAAGUGGAGUUGGACAUCAACGAGAAGGGAACGGAGGGCGGGGCCAUCACAGCGUCGACCAUCUUCCGGUCCCUCCCCUCGGUGCAGAUGAGGAUAGAUACACCGUUCCUGAUGCUGUUGGGUCACGAUGAAACCCGACUGCCGCUGUUCUACGGCACAGUGUUCGAUCCCACGGGGUGAGGGGCGGCUUGGGACUUUUUUGGGUCUAUGUUGCGCAUAAAUUAAUGAAUAUUUUGUAAAUAUAUUUUUUCAACUAGUUACAUAAAUUUGUGUAGAAACGUGUAUUUACUUUUCAGUUUCCUUAGAAAGUCUCAAUAGUGAUCAACAGAAAGAUCGAGUUGUGCUUUAACCACAGAGAAAAGACGUACAAACUCAAUCCAAAAAUUCUUUUAAAAAGUAUCUAAAACUUUAAAUGCUAUCAUAAGAAUAAUACGUCCAAAAUCGACUAGAAAGAAUGCAGUGUUAUCUAUUCCUCUCAGAGCUAGAAACGACCAUGAGGCAAAAAAGUAGGGGAAUUAGUGCAAAAUAACAGACCACAUCAAGUCAAGAAUUUCAAAUAAGAGCUCAACAAAUUUCAACCAAUUGAUUGAAUAAUUGAAUUUGAAAACAGCUUGUUAUGAGGAUUAAGGAGCAUGGCAACAGAAAAACAAAGUUUAUCACAUGGUACUAUAAGGCAGGAAUCAGAUUAAGUCAAUUUUGGGUUUUUUAUUACUAUUACUACCUAUUUUUUAACUCAUCGUAAGUACCUAAAUCUUAACUUUUAGGUUUGUAUGAAAAAUUUAUAUUUUAUUUUUGAAAAACAAAUAUGGUUUUUGUGUAAUUUAUCAA